GCUCGAUAGAUGUCAAAGCUCGAUAGAUUCGCACACCUCUACCAAACCACGCCAAAGCCAACUCUCUCUCUCUCUCUCUCUCUGACCUUCCCUCCCUCUCCAGAUCUUUUCUCGUCAUCUCUCAUCACCAACCUCUCUCUAGGUACUUUUAAUUAAGCUGAGAAUCAGAGAAGAUGUUGGGAAUCAUAAGGCAAAGGAUUGCUCACCAAGGCAUUAAUGCUUCGGGGAUGCAGAUUCAAGCCCUACUUUGCGCCUCCAGGAGUUACUCUUCUGGAGCAAAAGAGAUGACAGUGCGUGAUGCUUUGAAUUCUGCUCUUGAUGAAGAAAUGUCUGCAGAUCCCAAAGUGUUUUUGAUGGGCGAAGAGGUUGGCGAAUAUCAGGGUGCUUACAAGAUUUCUAAAGGGCUUUUGGAUAAGUAUGGCCCUGAGAGGGUUCGUGAUACUCCUAUUACAGAGGCUGGCUUUGCUGGGAUUGGAGUUGGUGCUGCUUACUACGGUCUGAAGCCUGUUGUAGAAUUUAUGACAUUUAACUUCUCCAUGCAGGCAAUUGACCACAUUAUUAAUUCUGCUGCAAAAUCAAACUAUAUGUCUGCUGGUCAGAUAUCUGUACCUAUAGUCUUUAGAGGACCAAAUGGUGCUGCUGCCGGAGUUGGUGCACAGCAUUCCCAAUGUUAUGCAGCAUGGUAUGGUUCCUGUCCAGGAUUAAAGGUGCUGACUCCAUACUCAUCAGAAGAUGCUAGGGGCUUGCUAAAAGCUGCUAUAAGGGACCCAGACCCGGUUGUUUUCCUUGAAAAUGAGUUGCUGUAUGGCGAGUCCUUUCCUGUUUCAGCAGAGGUUUUGGAUUCUAGUUUCUGUCUUCCUAUAGGGAAAGCUAAGAUAGAACGUGAAGGUAAACAUGUGACCAUUACUGCUUUCUCCAAGAUGGUUGGUUAUGCUCUCAAGGCAGCUGAAAUUCUUGCCAAGGAAGGAAUUAGUGCUGAGGUUAUAAAUCUCCGCUCAAUACGCCCACUUGAUAGAGCUGCAAUCAAUGCUUCUGUCAGAAAAACCAAUAGACUCGUAACUGUUGAAGAAGGAUUCCCUCAACAUGGUGUUGGUGCUGAGAUAUGUGCAUCUGUUGUUGAGGAGAGUUUUGAGUAUCUUGAUGCACCUGUGGAGAGGAUUUCAGCAGCAGAUGUUCCCAUGCCUUAUGCUGCAAAUCUUGAGAGGAUGGCGGUCCCACAGAUUGAGGAUAUUGUACGUGCAGCGAAGAGAGCCUGUUACAGAUCUGUUCCAAUGGCUGCAACUGCUUAAGAUUGCCGAGAAAUGCCCUGAAUCGUCUUGUUUUUUUCUCUCUCAACAUUCUCUUGUAUGUGCAACUUAUUCUUUAUCCACCUUUUUGCGGUGUUCCCCAACCUCCUCCUCCCUUCACCCUGGGAAAUUUGAAAAAGGCCUUCAAUGGCUUAUGUACACUUCAUUUGGGAAAUUUGGAAAGUUUUUGCAUGGAAAAAAUUAGGAGUUUUGAUGAUUUUUCUCCAGCAUUUAGUUGGUGGAUGAAUCUUGUGCUAUUUCUCUGCUAAAGAAGGCAUGGCAUUCAGACCAGCAAACUGAAUAUGACUUGGCCGUUGGUCUCU